AUGGGAGCCACGCGCCGGCCUCCCCUUGAAGGAAUGUUGUGACCUGACGUCACCGGCGAGUUACCUCCGGCUCCGCAGAGCGCCCCGUCCGCAGCUCCGCCAGCGCCCGGCGGCCGCGAUGCCCUCAGACCGGCCUUUCAAGCAGCGGCGCAGCUUCGCCGACCGCUGUAAGGAGGUGCAGCAGAUCCGCGACCAGCACCCCAGCAAGAUCCCGGUGAUCAUCGAGCGCUACAAGGGGGAGAAGCAGCUGCCCGUCCUGGACAAGACCAAGUUCCUGGUCCCCGACCACGUCAACAUGAGCGAGCUGGUCAAGAUCAUCCGGCGCCGCCUGCAGCUGAACCCCACGCAGGCCUUCUUCCUGCUGGUCAACCAGCACAGCAUGGUGAGCGUGUCCACGCCCAUCGCCGACAUCUACGAGCAGGAGAAGGACGACGACGGCUUCCUCUACAUGGUCUACGCCUCCCAGGAAACCUUUGGCUUCUGAGCCAGCAGUAGGGGGGAUUGGCGGGGAGUAGGGGGGCCCCCCCGGGAGCACCUGAGCUGCAGGGCGGGUUAGGGUUCUCCUGAAUGCGGGUGGGAUGGAGGCAGGCAAGGUGCAGCCUCCCAGCACCCCUGCCGUGUGUUUGUUUGCUUUUUUAGGCCCCUGCCUGUCUGUCCAUCUGUCCUUCCCCUGCCUGGACCUGCCCACUUCGAAGGACUGGCCCCCUGGCUCUCCUGGUCUUGCAUCUGUGGCCAUUGUCCCUCUGCAGAAUAAAGAUUGCUCAGGCCUGCCUGGC